GAGCCGCCCCUGAACGCACCGCACAGUGGAGUCGCUGGGCGGAAGAAGAAGCAGAGAGAGAGAGAGAGAGAGAGAGCGAGAGAGAAGAAGAGAAGAAGAGAAGAAAAACAAGGAGAAGAAGAAGAACACGAUGAAGAACACGAUGAAGAACAAGGUGGACACUUGUCCUGUCUUCUUCCUCGUGUCUGUCCUCGGUCUCCUCUCGAUGUUCCCGGUCCUCAGCGCGGAGAGACAUUCCCUCACCUACAUCUACACGGCCUUCAGCAAACCCGUGCAGAGUCCUGGCCUCCACGAGUUCACCGCCAUGGGGAUGGUGGACCAGAAGAUGAUCGACUACUUUGACUCGGACCUGAACUUGAAGGUCCCCAAGGAGACGUGGAUGGAGCAGAACAUGGGCAAGGACUACUGGAAGAUGGGGACCGAGUCCCGGCAGAGCAAGCAGAAGUGGUUCAAUGUGAACAUCGACAUCCUGAUGAAGCGACUGCGACAGAAUGACACAGACACCCACGUCCUUCAGUGGCUGCACGGCUGCGAGAGCAUCACGGUCGACGGCAGCAUGAAGUUCUAUCGUGGCGUGGACACGUACAGCUAUGAUGGGAAUGACUUCCUGCACUUUGACGAUGGCCACGGAGUCUGGGUCUCCUCGGGUGCCGCGGCAGAUGACACCAAGCGGAAGUGGGACGGGGUGCAGACCCUGAAAGACUACACCAAAGGCUACCUGGAGAACGAGUGUCUGAAGUGGCUGGAAAAGUUCGUGACUUACAGACAGAAGCAGCUUCAAGCAGCUCCGUCACCUUCCAUGUUCAUGUUUGCAAAGAAGUCCCAUACUGAGACCAGCGUGAUUCUGACGUGCCUGGCCACCGGGUUCCUCCAGAGACAGGUCGAGCUGGAGAUGAGAAGGGACGGUCGUCUUCUGACGGCACAGGACGGAGUGAGGACCUCAAAUGUUCGACCAAACGAUGACAACACCUACCAGAUAAGGAACAGUGUGGAGAUUUUGAAGACGGACAUGUCUUUGUUCACCUGUGAGGUCCUUCACAGAGAAUCCAGCUUAAGUGUUGCGACUACUUGGGAUCGCAAACUUCCUAAUGCUGCGUCUGGACUCACUUAUGUUGGUGUUGGUGUUGGACUGGUCGUACUGGUCGUACUUGGCGUAGCAGCCGCUUUGAUUGUCUUACAUAAAAAAGGCAGACUGUGUGUCAAGAAAGAAAGAACCAUUGAAACCACAGGUAACUCACARCCGAUUCCGAAUGGCAGCAUCCCACAGGCAGCUGAAGUCCCACUCCUCAACACAGAGAACGGAGAGAACCGUUCUCAGGGCGGAGGAUCAGACUCUGGUGUCUCUACUGAUUCUCACGGUGCCAAGCAAUCCAAGGAACCGUCCCCCAGCGAACAACGGAGAGAUGGAGGGGGGGGGGCGUCUCAAGCGUUUGAUAAACUGAGUAAAACGAAGGCAGUGAAAACUGCCGAGAUUAAAUAGGUUAACUAUUAUAAUA